AUGCUCACCGAACUUUCAUUGUCACAUGCCUCUCCUCUCGGAUCAAAUCCUACGGGCGGUGGAAUAGCAGAUAAUCGACAUCCGACCCUGCAAGGUGAAUUUUGGGAGUUUUUCCUGGUCACGUUUAUACGCAGCUCGACCUUUUUGGGUGGGAACGUUGAGAACGUUUUUGUGAAUAAUGGGACGGAAAAACUGCCUAAACCGAGAGACACGAGUUACGGCCGCUCCAGUAACACAAAUAAUAUGUAUGUGCUUUGCGAGGGCUGA